GAGGAGGAGGAAGCGAUGGCCAAGUCGGCCCUCGGCGCCGUGCUUGGCAACGUGAGCUCCCUUGCGGUCCAGGAGACCACAUUGCUGUGUGGAGUCACCCUUGAAGUGGAGUUCCUCAAAGAUGAGCUGAAGAGGCUGCAAGGCUUCCUUAGGGACGCCGACAAGAAACGGAAGCUGGGAGAUGAAGGUGCUGCUAUCUUGGUCAGCCAGAUCAGAGAUGCGGCAUACGAGGCCGACAAUGCCAUUGAAGAAGUUGACUACAUGCACAAGAGAAACAGGCUCAAGAAGGGAUUCAUGGGUACCAUUGCAAGGUAUGCUCGCAUACCAAGUGAUUUGAGUACCCUGCACAAAGUUGGUGUUGAGAUCCAACGUAUAAGAAGGAAGAUAUCUGAGAUACUUGAGAGUGCAAACCAUUUUAAAAUAGUUGAUUUGGGGAAUACUUCCAUAGAAAAUGUUACUGUUAAUGAUGGGUUUCCACAAGAUUAUGUUCAUAUGCACCAAAACUUUGAAGAUAAUGUUGUCAUGGUUGGUUUUGAGGAUGAGCACAAAGAAUUAGUGGAUAAGUUAAUUGAUAAUGACGAGAGCAUGCUUAGUGCUGUCUCCAUAGUCGCCAUGGGUGGGGCCGGAAAGACAACACUUGCCAGAAAAAUAUACACUUCAUCUAGGGUCAAAGAGCACUUUGACACAAUUGCUUGGGUGACAGUAUCCCAAACAUUCAAGGGCAUUGAAUUACUAAAGGAUAUUAUGAAACAAAUAACAGGGAAGAAAAAUGAGUCAGUUAAUCAUACGCUUGAGCAUGAGGUGGGAAAGGAGAUCCAUGAUUUUCUGUUGGAGAAUAAAUACUUGGUAGUUCUUGAUGAUGUGUGGGAAACAGAUACAUGGGAGCAGUUAAACAGAAAAGUUAAAGCCUUUCCGGAUGCAGCCAAUGGUAGUAGAGUGUUGUUAACCACAAGAAAAGAAGAUGUCGCAAAUCAUGUUCAAAUGCCAACCCAUGUUCAUCCUUUGAAGAAGUUAGAUGAAGAGAAAAGCUGGAAACUUUUCAGCAGUAAAGCUUUACCACCAUACAGAAGAUCUGGCAUACGUGAUGUGGAUGAGUUUGAAAAACUUGGGAGAAAGCUUGCAAAGAAAUGUGAUGGAUUACCACUUGCACUUGCAGUUUUGGGGGGUUAUCUAUCAAAAAAUCUAAAUAGGCAAGCAUGGUCCAGCAUACUCUUGGAUUGGCCGUCAACCAAAAAUGGACAAAUGAUGCGAAACAUACUAGCUCGCAGCUACAAGGACCUGCCAAACCAUUAUUUAAGGUCUUGUUUCCUCUAUCUUGCUGCUUUUCCAGAGGAUUAUGAAAUAGAUGUGGCUGAUCUUAUUAAUCUAUGGAUAGCUGAAAGCUUCAUUCCAGAUACACCAAAUCAUAAGCUAGAAGAAACAGCACUCAAGUAUGUGACCGAGUUGGUUCAGAGAAGCUUGGUCCAAAUUGUUGACGAAACCAGGGAACUUGGACGGAUUGAGAGGAUAAGGAUUCAUGACAUCUUACGUGACUGGUGCAUAGAAGAAGCAAGGAAAGAUGGUUUUCUUGAUGUCAUCGACAAAACUACAGGCCAAGCUGGUGCAUCGUCCUUGGAUAAACUGGUAUCCUACCGUUCUUGUUUCCAAAAUUUGAGUGAUGAUAUUUCACCUGGGACACCUAAUGUCCGAACUCUAGUUUGCUUUAAACUCUCAUCAGUGUCCCUUCCUAAGCUGAGAUUCCUGAGAGUUCUCUGCAUCAAAGAUUCUAGACUGGAAGGUUUCUCUAGAGUGAUUGUUGGGUGCAUUCACCUAAGAUACCUUGGGUUGUUAAAUUGUGAAGGCGUGAUGCUGCCUUCAUCAAUUGGACAACUCCUUUACUUGCAGACAAUAGAUCUUACUCUCACAAGAUUGAACUCGGUGGUGCCAAACUCCUUGUGGGAUAUCCCGUCUCUAAGGCAUGCUUUCCUUGGGGGAAAUUUGUUUUCUCCACCACCACCCGCAAGGAGUCUGCGUCGACAGCAGCAGAAUAAGCUACAGACCUUUCACUUAUAUCGUACACCGGUUGGCACAAACUGGUAUCAUGACAUGGUGAUUUUCGUGGGCCAGAUGAAGCAACUAACAGGACUCUGUAUUUACUUGGGUCCCAUGCCUGCAGGGAUGGUAAACAUAUUUGCAAACAUGCCCCACCUGGUUUAUAUUUUUUUGGGUCAGUUUGACGUGCUGGAUAAGCUGCCUGAUAACUUCCCACAAAGCCUGCAGAGACUUAGUCUGUAUGCUAAUAUCAUUGAACAAGACCCGAUGCCGAUCCUGGAGAAGCUUCCAUGUCUUGUAUUGCUCGUUUUGGAGGGUUAUCAAGGCCAAACCAUGACCUGCUCUGCCAAAGGGUUUCCUCGCCUGCAAAGGUUGCAACUUGGUAAGUUCUCCACGGAGGAGUGGAGGAUUGAGGAAGGGGCACUGCCGAAGCUCUCCCACCUGCAACUUUUGAUGCUCUCGAAGAUGGUCAAGCUUCCCGAAGGAUUGCUAGACCUUCCGUCCCUCAGUAAACUGGAAUUGGAAUAUAUGGCCCAGAUUUCUGAAGAUGACAGCACAAUAAAGGAGCUGCAACGGAAAGGGUGUGAGGUGGCAUUUUGGUUUUAAACUGUUGAAUGAUGGUAGUUCUGUAUGUGCGCGAGCACGAGCCAGGACGUGCCGCGCAACAUCCAUCGAAGAAUACAUUUCUUGUGUGCGCUUUUCUGCGCAACGUCCCUCGGGCGAACUAGCGUAUUAUGUUUUCUUAGCUCUGCUUAUCUCCCUCAAAUUUGCAAGUACUAGCCCGUCAAAAAAAAAAUUGCAAGUACUAUAUACCUGCAGUUUGGCAACCUGAAUGUCCAAUAAAAAUGCUUUGUCAUCCAGGCAAUGCUCUGUGCAUGUACUAUCUAUGUAUUAUUAUUUCUUUCCUUGGUCAUUGGACUUUACAUUACUUGAUUCACAUCUGUUGAGCCAACUGUUAAGUUGUGCAUAAAAAAUACUCCAUCCGAUCCUAAA